AUGAGUCAUGCGAGUGGUUGGAGGCGCUUGAAAGAAGUUGAAGCGCCGAGUGCGACGCUGCGCGAGCUGCUUGAUGCCGGGAUUGUGAUUGCGGCGGCUAGCAAAGUCCAGUUGUCCAGAGAAAAAGCUCAAAAGCUUUACGAGAUUCAUCGAGGUGCAUUUUCAACUUUCAACAGAAAAUUUGAAGCAAAAAAUAUGGAAAGGAAUGCAUAUCUUCGAGAUUUUAGGCAAAUUUUUCUUCUCGGCCCUGUAAUUGCAAUGCGAGUCAAUGGAGAUGUUCGCAGAAUACUAGGCAGUAGUCAUCUUUAUCCGCUACCUACUGAUGGCGAAUUCUCCACAAUCAGACAACGAUGCGCCCUUUCGGAUGUAAGGAAUGUGGCGCAUGCUAGUCAUCUUUAUCCGCUACCUACUGAUGGCGAAUUCUCCACGAUCAGACAACGAUGCGCCCUUUCGGAUGUAAGGAAUGUGGCGCAUGCGUCCGAUUCCGAGGCGGCACAACGAGAACUAGCCCUUUUCGAGCCACUGUCUCCGUCAAAGCCUUUUUUGGAUGAAAUGCUCGGGUCUUCGUAUGCUGUUGAAGUUCGCUCUUGA